CACAAGCGGUAAAAAAAAGUGUUGGCGGCAAACCGAUACUCGCGAGCUAUCAAAUUACACAAUUGUCGUUCGCGUUCGCCACUGGAAGGGGAUCUGAUCAAAAAGCAGACUUUUACCAGAAUUCUAGGUAGUUCAGAAUCAGCACGUAAUAUGGCAACUUUGCAGUUAUCACAUCCUGCAACGAAGCAGAUGGCAUCCAAGUGGAGUGUCCUAUUUCCAACAAAGAUUGCGACAGAGCAUCAAUCUCUGGUACUGAUAAAAAGGCUGCUGGCUGUUUCUGUCUCCUGCAUCACUUAUUUGAGAGGACUUUUUCCAGAAAGUGCUUAUGGGACACAUUAUUUAGAUGAGCUAUGUUUCAGAAUUCUUCGAGAGGACAAGUGUUGUGCAGGAUCAACACAGAUCGUUAAAUGGAUGCAAGGCUGUUUUGAUGCACUGGAGAAGAAAUAUGUAUGUAUGCAUACUUUUCCUUUUUGUGCUAAGAUGGAUAAAGAUUAG